AUGCGAAUGUCAAAGUCUCACCAACGGUUAAAUGUGCCAAUCCAUGAUUUUGACGGAGUUGAUCUGGACUGGGAAUAUCCCGAAGCAACCGACCGAAGCGGAAAGCCCGAAGACUACAAAAACUUUCCGACUUUUAUGAAAAACCUGAAGAAUGCCUUGGAUGGAACAGCAGGGCGAAAUACCCUUUCAAUCACUCUCCCUGCAUCAUAUUGGUAUCUUCAACAUUUUGACUUGAAAAACCUUGCAAAACAUGUCUCGUUCUUCAACAUCAUGUCCUAUGACAUGCACGGUACUUGGGACGAAGGAAAUACAUGGACAGGUUCAUUCCUCAAUGCGCAUACCAAUCUUACAGAGAUCAAACAAGGGAUGGAUCUUCUUUGGCGCAAUGAUGUGAAACCUGAUCAGGUGGUGAUGGGUCUCGCAUUUUAUGGCCGUACUUACACAACAAUUGGGGGGUGCGAGGCAACGGUCAAGGUCGUCACUUGGGAUGACCAGUGGGUUUCUAUGGACGAUAAAGAUACCCUGGGCCUGAAGGCAGAUUUUGCUCGUGAGCAAUGUCUCGGUGGCAUAAUGGUCUGGGCUAUCAGCCACGACACGCCCACGGCUGACUUCUCUCGGGAUUUGGCAAAGGUUUCGAACAGACAAGUAUCUAUGCAAUUCGACAAGAUCGAUAAUGACACCGUGAUUGAGCGGACCGAUCAUAGCCAAUGUCGCUGGACAGAUUGUGCACAGCCCUGUCCGGCUGGGUGGUCAAUGAUCACGCGAGCAGAUAAAUGGAAGAAAUACGACAGUGAGCCAAUGAUGGACUCCACUUUUUGCGGCGGUCUUGGCUACUCGUCGUUCUGUUGUCCACCAACAUCUCCACUGCCAAAAUGUGGCUGGUAUGGUUAUAAUAAGGGCAAAUGCAAAGCUGGAUGCGAAGAUGGAAUGCUUGAGAUUGGUUCAAUCACAGAGGGAUGUGAUUUUUCUCUGCCUCAGCAGUAUCAGUCGGCUUGCUGCUCUCCCACGGACGAUGAUGGAAAUGAAUUGGCCAGCAUGGCUCUGUACAACACUUGCGAAUGGUCUGAGUGGCCUACCUGCGCAUCUGGAACGUGCUCCGGUGCAAAGGACACCGUACUGGUCAAUUCAGCAUGGGGCACUGGAGCCUCCGUGUGCUACAAUGGGGGCCGCGACUACUGCUGUGAUACUUCGAAAAAGAACAAGAAGUUUGAAAACUGCGACUGGCACGAUGGCAGUGACCUGGUCCAUCCAGUCACCGACAACCGUUGCUGGAACGGCUGUCCCGAUGGUCAGAUGCGAGUAGCGUCGAGCAGCUCUGGUAGAUGUCUCAGUAGUGGAGCGAGCUCAUACUGCUGUGAUGGUACCGACUACACGGAGACAGAGCAUCUAUCGGAUGAUUUGCAAAAGUUCGAAGAUGAGCUUAGCAAUUGGCUUACGAAUGCCGUAUGUGAGCUUCAUCUGAAAAAGCGAAGUGGCGGUCUCGAAAAGCGUGAAGAUCUUUGUGAGAUUGUCGCAAAGCAUUCUUUGGUUGUCAAGCUAGCUGCGAUCUUUGCUGGCUACUUGAAUUUGAGCGGUCGAACAAGCCACUAUAAUCGCCUUGUCAACAUCUGGAAUAUGGUCUCUAACCCGUUUGAACAUCUUAGUACCAAGUUCAUGCUUCCAUGGAUAACAUCCAAUGAUACGUAUCCGGAAUUCUAUCAACAGGGCUACGAGGAUACUGCAAGGCGCAUCUUGCAACUCCCUCAAGGUUAUGAUAAUAUGAUUGCGGAUUCCAAAGACACCAUCUUCUGCACAUUGGAUCUGUGUGAAUACGGAGAUGGUAUGUGUGAUCAGGACGAGAGCGAUUUAGAUCUCAAACGCCGUCAGGACAUCUGGACGGAAAAGAACAACGUGCUUAAGCUUUUGGGGAAACGAGCCAAAGCAAAGCAGGAAUCAGCUGAUUGCGUAGAUAAAGAUGGUAGCGAAAAGAAGAAGAUAAAGUACACUCGAUUCGCAUAUCCUGGAUCAAGUGAGUGGCCCGCGACAUCUGUUCAAGUUCGAGAGGCCGUUGGUCUGGUAAACUCGGAGAGUUGCACGAAUACCGAAGUCGAGGAAAGGGAAGCUACCACGGAGGAUCGCGCUCCUGGACCGGGAAAUAGCAGUCCAGAAGUCAAUACGGAGCAUCUCAUUGAAAUUAAGUUGAUGGGUAUUUUUAUGUCAUGGGCUGUUGCAGAGGGAAAUUGUGGUAUUGACUGCAAUUUCUUCCUUGAUUUCUUCACCCAGGAUGUCAUUGAAAACGCACCUCGGACACCAGGAAGCAGUCAAAAUCUCAAGAAGCCAGUUGAUCGUGUGAUGGAACAAUUUGGAAGCAAAUCAAAUAAGGAAGUAUUCCGGUUGCUUAAACAAAGUAUCAAUGCGAUCAAAGGUGAUCUUUGGAAUUUGAACGAUGCUCCAGGACGCCCAGGCUCCUGGUCAAAGCUGGUUCAGGAUGAUAACCCGCGUCAGGCAUUAACUGUAAUCCGACAGACAAUUUCGGUUUAUAAUUAUCAAAAUAUGCCUAAAGUUUUGAAACGCUUCAAAAUGGUCAAUGAUGGAAUUCGUACCGAGCUGAGCCGCGCUUCAAAGGCUUACAAAGACCAGAAAGGAAAGGAUAUUGACCUCGCAGACUGUUGGGACCGCUUUUUCAAAUCCAGGAAAAAUCAAAUGGUAGCUACAGGCCACGUUUUUGUCAACGAAGCGAUUGAGGAAAUGCACACUAGAUGGACCCAAGAUCCAGGGGCCAGUGUUGAGUGGAAUGACCGGGCUCGUGCGGUCCGCGAUGCUCUUACAGAGCUGGAGAGCCACGUCGGGGAGAUUUACAUGGAUGAUCUCGAGCUUCAAGACCUCAAUUAG